AUGAUGGACGAUACCCUUCAUGAAAAAACGGUUGAUCGCGCAGACUUGGACAUGGAUCAAAAUACAUUAACGAAAAAGAAAAAUAAUGAAAUUCUCUUCAACACUCGCGAAGCCGUACUUGAAGACGCUGGUGAGGAUGACGCAACGCCGGAAAUGUCGGUGGAAGUUCGAUUAAACAACCCAUUGUUGGGUCUCUCUAGCGAGCAGAUCGAGUCUAAUGUACAAGAGUUUGUCUCGACAAAGGGAUUAGAGAAUUAUCAUAGCGAAUUUCUUAAAGGUGCGCUUGUUGCACAGGCUCAAGCAACAGGUGACUACAGCUCUAUUCCAAUUCUCACGCAAGAAGAUCAUGAAAUUCUCACUAAAGAAAAAGAGCAUAAAUGGCACCAACCUUUUCUCUUGUAUUGGCUCGCGAUUUGUUGCAGUGUCGCUGCUGCUAUUCAAGGUGCGGAUGAGUCGGUAAUCAAUGGUGCGAUUCUGUUUUUUCCUGAUCAAUUUGGACUUCAUACAGACCGAUGCGCAUAUUACGAAAAUGGAAUUGAUGAUUGCACUGGGCCUCUUAAGCCUGAGUACCAGGCGAAAGGUUGGACUGACAGCAAAGUGGCGUCAGAAAUCAGCAAAAACAAUUGGCUCAUUGGCCUUGUAUCUUCUGCGCCUUAUAUUUGCUGUGCCUUUCUUGGUUGCUGGCUCACUGAGCCAUUGAAUGCAGUUUUAGGUCGUCGUGGUACUAUAUUUGUGGCAUCGUUCGUUAGCUUUGCCACCUGUGUAUGGCAGGGCGUGACAAAUACAUGGUGGCACAUGUUCAUCGCUCGAUUUAUUCUGGGUAUCGGCAUUGGUCCAAAGUCUGCAACUGUGCCUGUAUAUGCUGCAGAAUGUUCACCUCCGCUCAUCCGUGGUGCGCUUGUCAUGCAAUGGCAGACUUGGACUGCUUUUGGUAUCAUGCUAGGUAAUGCGGCAAGCUUGGUGCUCUUCAAGGUAUCUGACCCGCCACACAUCACUGGUUUGAACUGGCGGCUCAUGAUGGGCAGUGCAUGUAUCCCAGCGCUUUUCGUUAUGUUCCAAGUGUAUCUCUGCCCAGAGUCUCCUCGGUGGCUUAUGAAAAAGGGUAAAUAUCAUCAAGCCAUGCAAUCAUUCUUAAAAAUGCGAAGCGCACCCCUGCUUGCGGCUCGUGACAUGUACCUUGCCCACUGUCUAAUUGAAGCAGAGAAGAAGCACGUUGAACUUCAUGGCCGUGCUAACCUUUCGCAUCUGUUCACCGUUCCCCGCAACCUUCGAGCCUUGAUACCCACGUUGAUUCUCAUGUUUGGUCAACAAUUCUGCGGUAUCAAUGUCAUUGCUUAUUACUCGAGUUCGAUCAUUAAGGAAGUGGGUAAUGCUUCUGAUUUAGAUUCUUUGCUUGGCAGCUGGGGAUUCGGUAUGCUGAACUUUUUGUUUGCUAUUCCGGCCUGGUAUACCAUCGACACUUUUGGUCGGAGAAAUUUGCUUCUUUCAACUCUCCCCUUUAUGGCCAUUUUCCUUUUAAUAACUGGGUUUGCUUUUUGGAUUGACAAGUCCAAUCAAGAUGCUCGCUUGGGCGUUGUGCUAAUGGGGAUCUACGUUUAUGGCAUCUUUUAUUCCCCUGGAUUCGGACCUGUACCACUCACCUACGGCGCAGAGGCUUUUCCCAUUCGCGUGCGUGAACUUGGUAUGGCUCUUUCCACGGCAGUUUUGUGGUUUUUUAACGCUUUACUUUCAAUUACUUGGUUCCGUAUGAAGGAGGCGUUCAAACCACAGGGUGCUUUUGGCUGGUAUGCAGCUUGGUGUGCUAUUCUUUGGGUCCUUAUAUUUUUCCUUUUACCAGAAACCAAAGCGCUUUCCCUGGAAGAACUCGACAUUGUGUUCAACAUUCCAACAACCAAGUUCGCCUCGUACCAAGUCCGCCAAAUUCCUUACUUCAUUAAUCGCUAUUUGCUUCGCCGCAAAGUUCACAAGCAUCCGCUGCAUGCUAUUGAUGACAGCAUGGGCGUAGCGUGA